GCUAUGAUCAAAGGAAUUUUGAGAAUUGAAAUGCCUUAUAACAUCGCAAAAGCGCACUUAGAUUUGAAAACGCAAAUGUCUAAUGCGGCAAAUGGUGCAAAUGUCACAUAUUCUAUGCAACAUGGGACAA